CAGGAUUUCACACAACAUAAUGAAGGGCAGCACCAACCCUGUGCGUCAGCGCCUCCUGUACUGUCGCAUUGGAAUCGGCUUCCACCUGCAAGUGCUUCCUGAUGGCACCGUGAAUGGUGUCCACCAGAGCAACCCCUAUAGUGUGCUGGAGCUGCUGUCUGUGGGGGUGGGCACAGUGGGUGUGCGGGCAGCGGGCACCGGCCUCUUCUUGGCCCUCAGCCCCCGUGGGACCCUGUACGGCUCGAAAACCUUCACCAAGGACUGCUUAUUCCGAGAGAAGAUGGAGGAGAAUUAUUACACCACCUACUCGUCGCACUCACACCCACGACUGUACAUCGCUCUCACCAAACGAGGCAGUGCCAAGAACGCCCACAAAGCCCGGAGCCACCACCCAGCACACACUUCAUCCUGCGGCUUGUAG